AGUGUGAAGUUGCUGUGUGUGCUGCUGUGGUGGAUGUGGGAGCCCCACCUCCUCCCACGCUCCGAUGAGUAGAGAGAGGCGGCAGAGAGAGACGGGAGGAGGAGAGAGCUGGGGAGCAACUAACAUACCCACAGUAUCUCAUCACUUGCUCUCUGGAAAUGCUUCAGAUGGGCUCCUUAUAGUAGCUGCAAAAAAAAAAACAAAAAAAAAAAAAAACGUUGCAGAAAUGCAAUUCCUGCCGCUGCCGUUCAGACAUCCUGUGCGUCCUUAAGAGUUCGUGUUGAGCUCCGGAGAAACUUGGACCAAAAGGAAUAUGCGUAUUUUGGCAGGGAUCAUGUUUUUAUUUUCUUCUUCUUUUCCUACAUUUAUUUUGAGGGAUGAAGAUGGCCAUACGGAGUGAGAAUCUUCAUUUAGGUUUGUUUUGAGAGAGAGAGAGAGAGAGAAAAAAGCCCCAGAUCUCAGACGAACUGCUGCACUUUAACUUCCCCACUAGAAGGAAGAGCUGUCCGUUCUGCGAGAUCCAACAGACGACGGGCUGGGCUCAGGAUCCCCUCAAUUUGAUGAAGAAAGUUCUGAUUUGCAGCUCGGUGGAUUUUUUUAUUUUUAUUUUUAAGUGAUUCCUUGACGGAGGUUUGAGGGUUGGAGACCUGCCUCUGUGGACAUACAGGCUGCCGACGAGCUGCCACAAACGCUUACGCACAAGUCUCUGGCUCAGGCAGAUCUUCUGAUGACCUAAUGGAACUGAAUUUACGAGUAGUACUGUUUUGGGUCGUGGUGCUGCACGGUGGCUCCGUCGAUGGCAGUAUCCUCUACCGAGUCCAGGAGGAGCAGCCCCCCAACACUCUCAUAGGCAGUCUGGCAGCGGACCAGGGGCUGCCAGAUUCAGGUCACCUCUACAAGCUUGAGGUGGGCGCCCCUUAUCUCCGAGUUGAUGGGAAGACAGGAGACAUUUUCACUACGGAGAUUCCAAUAGACAGAGAGACCCUCCGGGACUGCCGGUCCCUGGCCAAGGGCAAGCCGUGCUACUUGGAAUUUGAAGUAUCGGUAACAGACCUGAUACAAAACCAGAGCCCACGACUUAUUGAAGGACGCAUUGAAGUACAGGACAUCAAUGACAACACCCCGCAAUUUCCCUCUUCUGUGCUCACCAUCUCGGUACCUGAGAACACAAUCAUGGGGACAUUAUUCCCCAUACCUCUAGCCACUGACAGGGACUCUGAGAGGAAUGGAGUGGCUGACUAUGCGCUGACUGCGGGCCCAGAUGCAGCGACUCUAUUUGGUUUACAAGUGGCGGAGGACAGGGGAGGGAAACUCCCACAGCUCAUCGUCCUCGGCAAUUUGGACCGCGAGAUAAAGGAUUCUUAUGACCUCACCAUAAAGGCGGUGGACGGAGGGAACCCUCAGCGCUACAGCAGUGCUCUGCUCAGAGUGGUUGUUACCGACGCCAACGACAACGCCCCCAAGUUUGAAAAGGCCUCGUAUGACGCAGAAGUUUUAGAAAACAGUCCAGUCGGGCACUCCGUGUUACAGGUCAAAGCAAAUGACUCUGACAUGGGCCCUAAUGGAGAAAUUGAAUACACCAUUCACCAAGCAGUGGACCCAGUACCAAGACUCUUACGAAUUGAUCGGUCUACUGGCAUUAUCUAUGUGAAGGGACCACUGGACAGGGAGGAAAUCAGCAGCUUGUCUUUCUAUGUGGUGGCAAGGGAUAAGGGCCCUCAGCCUAAGAGCUCUAAGACGUUUGUAACGAUUGAAGUGACUGAUCAAAAUGACAAUGCUCCUGCUGUGGAGAUUCGUGGAAUUGGUCUGGUGACUCACAGUGACGGAGUGGCCAAUAUUUCGGAGGACAUGCCAGUGGGGACAGCUGUUGCUUUGGUGCAAGUGUCUGACAAAGAUGAAGGAGAGAACGCUGUCGUCACGUGCGUGGUAGCGGGAGAUGUUCCCUUUCAGCUCCGUCCUGCCAGCGACUCUCCCACCGACAACAAAAGAAAAUAUUUUCUUCAGACAACCACACCACUUGACUUUGAAAGAGUCAGGGACUACAGAGUGGAAAUUGUCGCAGUGGACUCUGGAAACCCAGCACUGUCCAGUACAAACUCCCUAAAAGUUCAGGUGACUGAUGUGAACGACAACUCUCCGAUAUUUUCCCCAACAUUGUUUGAGGUUGACUUUGCUGAAGAAAACCAACCGGGGGAGAGGAUUUUGGAUGUCACUGCGACAGAUGCCGACAGUGGCACUAACGCCCAACUCCUGUACAACAUUGUUGCAGAUUCAACCAUCAAAGGUUUGUUUGAGAUUGACCCAAACUCAGGUGAAGUAAGAGCUCGAAGCCCGUUGGAUCGUGAACAUAAAGAGCGGUAUGAGUUUCGGGUCACAGCUGCAGACAAAGGUUCACCUGUCCACAAAGGAACAGCGACAGUUGUGGUCAAAGUUCUUGACCGCAAUGACAAUGAGCCAAAGUUCAUGCUUAGUGGGUACAGCUUUUCAGUACUGGAAAACAUGCCUCCCCUAAGUCCUGUGGGUAUGGUAACAGUCCAAGAUAUGGACAAAGGUGAGAAUGCCCGAGUUCACCUCUCCGUAGAACCCGAUGGAGGGAAGUUUGUAGUUCAAAAUGGAACAGGUACAAUUCUCUCAAGCAUCUCUUUUGACAGAGAAAAAGAAAGCAGCUAUACUUUCCGUCUAAAGGCAGUGGAUGGGGGAGAACCACCCAAGUCCUCCUAUGUUGGUGUCACUAUCAAUGUACUGGACGAAAAUGACAAUGACCCUGUCAUCACUAAACCCUCCAACUCUUCCUUCAGGCGCUUAUCACCUCUCGCAUCUCCAGACAGCCAUGUUGAGGUGGUGGAGGCUGAAGACCUGGACAGUGGGCCCAACGCAGAGUUAGUCUUCAAUAUUGCUGGAGGAAAUCCUUACCAAUUAUUCCGCAUCUCCCCCACUACUGGAGAGAUCACUCUGGCAAAGGAGAUGACCCGCAAACAUGGAGGCCUGCAUCGUUUAGUAGUACGUGUGAGCGACAGGGGAAAGCCUCCGCGUCAUGCUACUGCCCUGGUUCACAUCUAUGUCAAUGAAACCAUUUCAAAUGUCAGCUUAGUGGAAGCCUUAGUUGGACACAGUCUUUACACCCCACUAGACAGGGACAUUGCCGGUGAUCCAGACAGUGGUUUCGCUGCCCAUCGCAGUAACAUUUUAUUUGGAAGCCUUGCCGGUGUGGCGGGAGUUGUGAUGCUGAUCUUGGUGGUGGUGUUUAUUCGCCACCGCAUCCAGAGGGAAACAAAGAGUGGCUAUCAAGCGGGUAAAAAAGAAACAAAAGACCUAUAUGCUCCCAAGCAAGCGCCAAAAAACACCAAAGGCAAACGAGGGAGGAAAGGCAAGCCACAGAAGUCCCCAAAGCCUCUUGGGGAAGAUGAGGAGGUCAGCCUACAAAAGAGUCUAAAGUUUAAUCUCGACGGAGUAAACGACAGUCCCCGCAUACACCUGCCCUUAACGUAUUCCCCGGGAAGCCCCGACAUCGGUAGGCAUUACCGAUCCAACUCUCCCUUACCUUCUAUCCAGCUGCAAGCCCAAUCGCCCUCAGCUUCUCAGAAGCACCAGGCCGUGCAGGACCUCCCUGCAGCCAACACCUUCGUUGGAACGGGAGGAGAUGACAACUCCACCGGCUCAGACCAGUACUCAGAUUACAGCUACAAGACCAGCCAGCCCAAGUAUAACAACAAACAGCAUCCCCAUCGUCGCGUGACCUUUUCCACCGCCAACCCCGUGCAGGACCUGCAGGACGCCUCGCAGCACAGCUACUACGACAGCGGCUUAGAGGAUUCGGAGACCCCCAGCAGCAAGUCCUCAUCUGGUCCUCGCAUCGGACCCCUGACCCUGCCCGAGGACCACUACGAGAGGACCACCCCAGAUGGCAGCAUUGGAGAAACAGAGCACCCAGAAAACGACAUCCGCUCCCUCCCCGACGUGGCGAUGACCGGAAACUGCACGACCGAAUGCAGCGAAUUGGGUCACUCGGAUGCCUGCUGGAUGCCGGGGCAUCCCUCCCCCGUGCGGAAGACCAGGAACCCCCCCAAGCUCUCCACAUUCGUGCCUUACCAGGAGAGAGGGAGUCUGGGUCGCCUGGCCAACGGCAGCGCCAGGCUGGGUGGAGAGGAGCACCGGUCGCGCCUUCCGCCCUCCCGCAGUGCCUAUUCCAGCAGCGGCCAGGACGCCGGUCAGGACUGUCCCGUAGAGGAGAUGCCCCUGAGCGUGGCCUCCGAGUUCCCGCCCACGUCCCCUUCUGCUCACACCCCCAAACGAGAGAUUUACCUGUGAGAAACAGAUCGGUACACAAAACAAAAGAAAAGCUACACCCACUUCAGAAGAAAAGAGAGAGAGAAAGAGAGAGAGAGAGAGAGAAAAAAAAGACUGUCCACAUUCUAAAGCCUACAGUUGGGUUGUAAGUAACUAUCGGUCGUAACUCAUUUAAUCACUGGCAUGAACACUCGUCAUUUCUGACUCAAAUUAUCAGCUCAUCAGCAAAUCUUGGAACGAUUCCACCAAGAUAAUUGAUGCACUCCCUCGUUUAUUUAUCGAAGCUCUCGACGGAUACGAUCCAGAAAGUUAGACAAGAAUCACAAGUGGAAAUAGCGACUUUAGCAGUGACUAAUUCUUGUUGUAGUUAGGCAAGGCCCAGUCUGUGAAGUGAGUUCUUGAAAGUUGUGAUCAGUGCUCUUGUGCCAUUUCUAGGUAUUAUUUAAUAGACAGCUAAUCUGGCCAUAUCAGAAGGCAGAACACUUGAGACCAGGAGUUAGAUCAAAUGGUCGUUCUUAAUGUACAGAGCUGUAAAUACAUUUGAAUGGUGUGUUCUACAUAUAUUUUCGUCUGGCAUAAUCUUCAAAGAAUGCCUCUGAAUUUUAGCAUAUUUAAGCUUUUCUUUACUGCUGCUGUGUAAACUUGACUGAAACCGUCUCCCAGAGAGGGACUCGAUACUGUGGAAAGGCAUUUAUUUGCUCCGCAGUAUCCCACGCGCCCCCGCGUGUGCACACACACACACACACACACAGACACCUUUGACCCCUAAUCAUAGUAGAAUGGCCUUUACCUCCGCUCCCUGUAGAGCUCCGCCACUGCUGGAGAGAACUGUGUGGCAGCAUUUAAAGCGACAUUAUGUCCCACUGACUUGCAGCACUGUGACCUGUCGUUCAUCAUGAAAACGGUUGACUUGGCCACCGAACCCAGAGGGUCGCGAUGACCAAACGCAGAGCUCCCCAGAUACAUCCUGAUUGGCUUUUUGCUCCCUACUUGAGAUUAUACCAGUUGCAGAAAGUUUCUGUCUGUUGAGACAAUCAGAUGGGCUUCACAUGCAAGACGCAAUUCGUUUGCAUUCGCUUAUCACAAGAAUCGAUGUAGGUCUAAUGAAUGAGGAUCUACUUUUUAGGUUUGUUUUUUUUUUUUUUUAAAGGCGCUUGAGUGCUGAGAGCUACAUGGGUUACGGUUAGUUUUGGAACCGAAUAUCAUAGCAGUGAAUUCGUGUAAGCUAUCACAUAGGUGAACCCACCUUGAAUCCAGAAUUCAAUUUCAUAAUUCAUUGCAGUAAGAAUAAAUACGGGCCUGAGAUAAAAGAACAUAACAUUUAUAUUUAAGAUUCAAUUUCAAGUCUGCAUUUGGUUCUUGAUAAUUCAGUGCAAUUAUAUUCUUUGUGCUGUUUAUUCUUAAACAAAAUAAACGUUUAAUUCUUUUCAGAUUUUUUUUUUUCACUUGGCAACCAUAAGAUUCAGUGCAUUUCAUUGAGUUUUCAUGGAAUAGACCAAUAAUGUGUGUGUGCGUGAUGCAAAACUGCUACAUUACUCUAAAUACAUCAUUCUCACAGUGAAACAAGGUGGUGGCAGUAUGAUGCAGUCCAACUACUUUGCCUGAAGCAGAGAUUAUGCCUGCAUUUAAGAUGUGUCACUCAAAUUUGAGCAGCUUUUGCAUCACACAAUGACAUAAUGAAACAUGGCUGUAGCAGUGUUAUGUUGUAGAGGCUGCUUUUCUUCAUAGAAGUUGCUAGGAGCUGAUGGGAAGACGGCUGAAAUUAUACACAGGGUAAUUAUUUAACAAAAUAGGCAAACUAAUUUAUAUAGAAAAUGGACAAAACUCGUCAAAGACAUUCCCAGAAUGCACUGCUGCCGCAGUAAAAGGGUAGCUUUUACAAAGUUCUGACUCUUUAUGGAAACUCUUUUUCCAGAUUUUUAUUUCUAGCAAAAUUGAAAACCGUGCAUCUUUAUUUUUAUACAUAGCAAUUAUGUGCAACAGAAAUGUUGGUCUAUCACACUGAACUCCAAUGAAACAUUUAAGUUUAUGAUUGUAAUGUGAAAAUUAUUAGAGUACGCAGACUCUUGCAAGGCAUUGUGCAACACAGGGUGGAACUUAAACAGAAAAUUCAAAUGUAGGAUUGAAGCAUGCGGCAUUGCUCUUAUUUAGAUAUAUAAGUGUCUCUAUAUUGAGGACAAUAUUUUUUAUUCAUUUAUUAGGCAUUUUCAUUCUCCGACUCAUGAACAGAAAAUAAAAAUAGGGUAUUCCUGGGGGAUUUUUUUUUUUUUUUACCUUUAUACAGAUUUUCCAAGUAAAUUUGAAGGAUAUGUAUGAAGGGCACUAUGUAUUAGGCGAUAAUUGGAUGCUAAUGAUGACUCCACUAACCUGCACUACAGCAUCGUAGCGCUCGUCGGCGUCUUUGAUUUAAACAUCGAUUUGAUUAGAUUUGUAGAUACCUUUCACCUCUGCAGAGUAUUUCCAUAGUGAGAUUGUGCCUCUGAGUGAGGGUGGAGGAGCUGAGAAUGGACAUUUCCUAAUUAGGGUGAGUAAUGAGUCUUGAGCUGGGGCAUGUGUGAGUGCACCCCCAGGACAAGGCACCCACCAGACAAUGCAAAUCCACCCACGGAGCUACAAUCAUUUAAAGCGGGGGUAUUUUUAACAGCACUUUACCUCAUCGCGCUGCCCGCUGCAAGCCGCAAGUCAGGCUGUUUAAAAGCAGAAAACAUAUGGAAGAUUACUGGACAUGGCCGUGAUUAAAUAAGCUCAACAAAUAUCCUGCCUUGAGGGGGAGAAAGCACAUUACGCCACUUUCAAAGCCAUUUAGCAACCGAAAUAAAAAUUCUGACAACAAGCCAUGAUACACUGUGAUUAACCUCCCUUCCCCCAGCCAUCUUGGAGCUGUGGAUUCACCAACGGAAAGCAGCGGGUAAGACCGCUGACCUGGAAUUAAUGACAAGUGAGAAAGAUAGCAACGAGUGAUAAAAUGAAUGUCACAAAGCCUCAGUCGCAACUUUGUCUAUUCGAAUACUUUCACUCGAUUCUGGUUCGCCGACAGGAUCAAAUCUUAUCUCUUUUCUAGCCUAACAAUCACUAAAGUAAAUCUGGAAAAUAAUUCCUGGUGGUCUCUUUGAUAAACCUCAGAUAUGAUUUAUAAAAAGACAACUAUUUAUUUAUUUAUUUAUUUUUUCUGUCUGAGAUUAAAUUAUCCUUUCCUGUUUUAGGUCAGUUGGGAAAAGCAAAAUCUAAGAUCAAUGAGACAGGCACUUUUUUUUUCUAUUACUUUCUUCAAAUAUUGAAGUUUACAUAUAGAUUACAUGUUUACAUGUAGACACGCCUGUGGAUGUGUUUUAGAGCCACACCUAAAACACACUGCUUUCUGAUGGGAAUACCUGGGAAAUAAAAAUAAAUAACCAAGAUAUCUAGGACUAGGAUUGGGAAUCUCCACAAGUCUGGUUUAUCUUGAUUUUAGAUGGUUGAAGGUGCCACAUUGUUCAACCAAUUAUUCACAAGUACAAGCAUCUAAGUAAUGUCCAAUCAUCUUACUUUUAAGGAAGGUUACAAUUUCUGGGUUCCAGAGAAGAACUUGUUUUGAUUUAAAAAAAAAAAUGUAUUUCAACCUCAAAACAAAAACAAAAUAACUUUAAAUUAGGCUAACUGGAAAUUACAAGCACGGACUUGAAUCUUGGUAGACAUGUUCUGUGGUCUGAUAAAAAUGAAAAACGUUUGGCCAUAACUUUUGGUUUGGCCCUAUAUUCAGUAAAGAAAGGGAGAACUUACAAGCCAUAGAACACCAGCUUAACUGUGAACAGUACAGUACUUGUCUGCAUAAUGAAGACAGACAGUCACGGGGCAAUAUAGAAGCAACAUCAACCAAGAAGUUUUGGUAACAACUCUAAUAAGAGAGGCUGUCGUAGAGUUGGGCAGUCCAACGGUCCAGAAACUCCAAAUACACUCGGAUGCUGUUGUGAGUUUUUACAGAUUAUUGUAAUGGAGUCGCUCUUGUGACUCGGUGAUUCCACCCACUAGCCAAUCAGCGACCAACAGUCUUCUGACAUCAUGUUUUCAGCCCAACUCCGCACGCUUGGAACUCCAGCAAAUUAGGUUUUAAAACAAAGGUGCUGGUACAACAUAACCCUUAAUAGAGGAAAACCCUUGUAGCCGUAUAGAGCCUAGUCAACCCUCACUGAGUAGGCAGUAGCAGACAAGGGCCAGGAGUGGCUUAAGGCUGACAAAGUCAGUGACCAUCACAAAGCCCUUAUCUCAGUCCUAUAGAGAAAUUAUGGGCAGAGCUGAAAAGGUGUGUGUUUGAGCGACGAGGCCUGUAAACCUGAUGCAGCUACACAAAUUCAGUGAGGAGGAUGGAGACAAAUUGUAGUAGUCUCUUGUGUGAAGCUUGAGGAAGCAGACCCAUAAUGUUUCACCAAAGUCAUACAGUCUGAAAGGCGAAGUGUAUUUGCAAACUUCUGACUUGCAACAAUUCUCUAAAAAAAAAAAAAAAACUAUCUCUCGUUAUUAUUUUCUGGCAAUUAAGAAAUAUUUUUGGUAGUCCUAGCUGAUCUAUAACAGGAAAGGUUUAGCCUGAUUUAAUGGCAAACAAUGAGUCCUGAGGCUAUAUGAAUUUUUUUUUUUUUUUUACAGUAUUUGUAAAUAUCUUGUUUGAACAGAAAUGGCUUAACAGGAGAUUUAAAAAAUAUAAAUAAAUCAAACAUAACAAUCAUAAAAUCCCAAGCCCACCUUGUCCACCUCUUUUCUGGCUUGAUGAGCCAGCCUGACCUCCUGUUGCUCACAAAUGG